CUAACCUGGACGAUUCUUGCAACCAAACACAUCCAACUAGUGGCAAAUUGUCUCGGGCAUAUGGCAUCCUACCGAGCAUGCCCUCUCCGCCUUCACAGAUCGCAUCGCCGCCCAGGGAAACGAUGAGCCGCGAGGCCAGCGGCGCGUCGGUGAGCUCUGUCCCGGUACCCGAGCCAGAGCGGCAGCAGGGGCAGGGGAACCAAGGGGAGGAGGCGGGGUGGACGCCGCUGGAGAAGGUGGCGGAUAAAGUGGAGGAGCUGUACAGUCUCCGCGACACCUUCUUCCCCCGAGACCCCUCCGAGAAGUCUGCGUCCCUCCGCGCCUGCGCCGACGCCGCCCUGGGAGUCCUCGAUUCCCUGCCUCCCGAGCAAAGAAAAUCCCCAGAAGAGCGUGUUAUUUAUGAAUUUUUGAUGGGAAAAAUACUCGAUGUCUUCCCAGAUUAUUGUAAGGAGGCUGAAGAGCAUUUAUCCAAAGCAGUAAAGCUGAAUCCAUCUCUUGUGGAUGCAUGGCUAUGUUUGGGUAACUGCAUCUGGAAGAAGGGGAAUUUGGCAUCAGCAAGGAACUGUUUCUUAUUAGCACUAAGUAAGGGCGCAGAUAAGAAAAUACUAUGUCAACUCUCAAUGCUUGAAAGGAGUAUGGCUCAAUCUAGUGAAGACCAAGUGUUGUUAGUGGAAGAGAGCAUUAAUCAUGCAAAAGAAGCUGUAAUGCUGGACAUAAAAGAUGGAAAUUCCUGGUAUAAUCUGGGUAAUGCAUACCUCACAAGCUUCUUUGCGAGCGGAGCCUGGGACAAAGCUAGGCUUCAUCAUUCGAUCAAAGCAUAUCAAAAUGCUGAGAAGGAUGAAACUAUGAAACUAAAUCCAGACCUCUACUAUAAUUGUGCCACAGCUUACAAAUACUUAGAGAACUAUGAAAGUGCCCUUCGCGGAUUUGAAGCUGCUGCGUUAAAAGAUCCUGCUCUCAGGGCUGACAUAGAAGUUCAGAAGAUCAUCAAUCUCCUUGAUAAGUUAGAGAAUGCAACGAAGGUACCUUCUGUAACUAUAGGACGACUACGACCCAAGAGAUCAGCAUCAUUGGUGUCAUCUCUGAAUGAAGUCAAUUUCAAGUUAUUCCACAAGAAAGCAACCAUAAGCAUCCUAUCAGGAGGUUUGAACAAGACAGUUGCUGUUGUGUGUAAAGUGGUUCUUUGGAUAAGACAUGACGAUGAUGCUCCACUGUCUCCCGAAGAAGAUGGUGUCCACAUAUGCUGAUCCUCCACCUCAUAAGUGAGAUUAAAUACAGCUAAGAACUUCUGCUUAAUAGUAAAGAUGAGGAGCAGGAUUUGCACUAGUAUAAAUCAAUACUGUCGAUGCACUGCGACUCACUGUGCUGCAUCAUGCUAUUUGGUCGCCACAAUAAUCCACAUGGUCCCAAGGCCAUCCCCACGGUAGGUGGCAGUUAUGCUCUUUCUUGGCAAAAUGUGUAACCCUAAAAUUCAUAUAAAGAGCAGUACAGAUUCAAAACUGACAGGAGUUUGCAGCUGUAUACAAUGCAGUACAUAGUGCUCUGUUCUGAGCCCCGCACUUAACACCGAGCCCACACCCAUUCCACCACUACUUGUGGAACUUUGGCUGGAGCCUUUCCACACACCCACCUUGCCACCUAGGUUUUUUAUUUUUUGUGACAACCUCCCCAUGCCUCCUCCACCGCCACCACCUGUGUCCUGCAUGUCUCUGCACCACCACGCCUCUCCACCUGUGAGCAACACACAUGCUGUGGCUGCCCCUCCUAUGUUGCUAUGUGUAGGCCCUGUCAGAGCCACCUCUGGUUAGAACAAGCUAUAUUUAGAAGAGAGAAGUCCACCUUUUAACCCUCAAGUUACUGCUUUGUUUAAGACUCAACCCUGAACUCUGAAACCGGUUACUGCACACCCUCAGAAAUUAUUCCGUACACAUACCAACAUCAGGAAAUAGUACACAUACCAACCGGUUUAGGAACUAGAGCCAUAGAAGCACGGGCCGGAGAGCGGUCGCCCUCCCGACGACGGAGGGGCGAGGGGGAGCGGCGGCGCUGGUAUUGUCGGAUUUCGGGUUCCGGCAAACCCUUAAGGUU